AUGGCGUCCUCAUCCGCCGGCAACAAGCCACAACAACCGUGGUCCAAAGAGUCCACCCCAUCCUACGUUGUCAACGACAGACCCACCGCCAUCCAACUCGAGGACGCCCCCCAUAACUCCACGCCCACAACCAGCCCGCCGCCCACCAAACCAACCACCAAGUCCUCCUUCCACCACCUCUUCACCUUCACCACCCGGGGGCACGUCCCCCUCCUCCUGCUCUCCCUCGGCACCGCCGCGGCCGUCGCCGCCGCCCGCACCGCCUACGCCGUCCUGCUCGGCCACAUCUUCCAGGUCGUCUCGCGCUUCGGCGCCGGCCUGCUCUCGCCCGACGACUUCCUCGCCCAGAUCGCCCGCUGGGCCGUCUGGCUGUGCGUCCUGGGCGCCGGCAUGUGGCUGUUUGCUACCGUCGACGCUGCCGCCUGGGUCGUCCUCGGGGAGCUGCGCGCCAGGUGCGUUAGGGAGCAAGUGUUUGGGGUGUGGUUGCGGCGGAGGGCGGUGGCGUGGUUUGAGGCGAGGGAGGAGGGUGUCGGGGCGUUGGUGGCUGGGGUGCAGUCGAAAACGAGGGAACUGCAGACUGCCGCCGCCCAGACACUCGGGCAUCUCGUCUGCGACGUGUUCGUCUUUGCGGCCUGCAUCAUCGUGGCGUUUGUCUUCUCGUUCAAGCUGACGCUGGUGAUGCUCGCCACCGGCGUGCCGUCGGCGCUCAUUCUCUGGGCCAUCAGCAGGUUCCUGGACCCGGCGAUUGAAGCGCAGAAGAGGGAGCUCGCGCAGGCCGCGAAGCAUGCCACGGCUGCGACCACCGCCAUCGACCUCGUGAAGGUGUACAAUGCCGCCGACCAGGAGGCCUUCCAGUUCACUUCGGCCAUCAGGCGCUCCGCCAAGUACUACACCCGCCAGGUGCUCUGCAAUUGCGGCCAGAUGAGCUACGUCAAGCUGUGGAUGAUCAUGCUUUUCGUCCUGGGGUUCUACUUUUCCGUGGUUCUGGUCACCAGGGGCGAGCUCACGCCGGGAGAGGCAUUAACGACGUUCUACGCCGUGCUGAUCGGCUUCCAGGCGAUCGAGGCGCUGGGCCCGCAGUGGUUGGUGCUUGCCAAGGGCAUGGCGGCAGGGCAGUGGCUCCAUAGUCUGGUGAAGGAAGACGGAAGUGAGGGGAUGGACAAGGUCAGCGGCUGGCGGAAGCCUCCGCGGUGUUUGGGCGAUAUCAGGAUGAGCGACAUCAGCUUUGCGUACCCAUCCAACCCAACCAAAACAGUCCUCUGGCCCUCAACUCUUCGGUUUGAGCCCGGACAGCUCACCUUCGUCGUUGGCAGGAGUGGUUCCGGCAAGAGCACCUUAGGCAACCUCCUCGUUCGGUUCUACGAGCCCCUAACCGGAAAAAUCACGGUGGAUGGGACGCCGAUCACGACGCUCGACCUCGACUGGCUCCGCCAGAACGUCACCCUCAUCCAGCAAUCCAGCAUUGUCUUUGGCGACAGCUUCUUCCAGAAUGUCGCGCUCGGCGCGCCGGACCCGAAUCACGUCCCGCUCGACGCCGUUCAGCAGGCGUGCAGCAUGGCCCUCCUGCAGUCGACCAUUGCGGACAUGCCCAACGGAGUCGACACAGUGGUGGGCCCCGGCGGCUACAGUCUCAGCGGCGGACAGAAGCAGAGGCUGGCGUUGGCCAGGGCGAGACUCCGCGAUCCGCCGGUUUUGAUCCUUGACGAAGUAACCAGCGGGCUGGACCCCGUCAGCAGAAGUCUGAUCAUGGAGGCGGUCCGUCUCUGGAGGAAGGGCAAGACGACCAUCAUCAUCACCCACGAGGUCGGCCACAUCGAGGAUGACGACUACGUCUAUGUGCUGGCGGACGGGUGUGUCAUUCAGCAGGGGCCGAAGCGGGAGAUCGCUGAGGACGAGAGCGGGCUGUUUGCAUCGCUGCUUGCAUCCGCCGACGAUUCACCACUGAGCAGCAGCUCUGCAUCAAGCGACGGUGAACUUGACUCUGAGAGCUUCGACGAUGAACCCAUCCAACAGGCACAACAAGCCAAGUUCCUCCGCGGCACCCUUGUCGACAACAAUAUCAUGUCGGUGGGCCUGUUUUCGCGGUUCUCCCUGAGGGGCGAUGCACUUUCCGUUCCGGAGCCGUCAGCCCUCGCCCGGUCUCUGUCCCACAAGGCAGAGCCCGAUCGGGCCGCGCCCGGAAAAUUGAGCCGCACAUCCAGCAUUCAGGUCGUCGCCCAAAGGGGCUUGGGUGUGCAGAAGAGUAGGACUCCGAAUGCACGGCAGGGUCGGCAAACCGAGCUGGAGGCAGAGUGCCAGGCGUCCCUCGACUCCCUCGAACUCUUCUUUCUUGAGCGUCUUGCUAAGCGCAAGGACCGAGGGAAGAAGCCAACGGAAGGCCCCCUGCUGCCGUCUCUCACGGCGAUUCUGAAGACUGUCUGGCCAGCCCUGGACAAGAUUGGUAAGGGCCAGCUGGUGCUGGGGCUCCUCCUAUGCCUCGUCAUUGCCGCCAGCACUCCCCUCUUCUCUUUCUUCUUUGUCAACCUCCUCCAGGGACUCUGGCUCGUCGAGGGCCAGAAAAGCUCGACCGGGAAAUGGGCUGGUCUGCUGGCCGUCAUUGCCAUCGUCGACGCCAGCGCCACCUUCUUUGGCUAUUUCUUCAUGGAGGAGGCCGCUCAGAAAUGGGUCAACUCGCUGCGCGCCGAGGCCUUCAAGCGCAUUCUCAGUCAACCGAAAUCGUGGUUUGAUAUGGCCCGCCACUCACCGAGCCGCAUCACGCAGUGUCUCGACCGCAACGCCGAAGAGAUGCGCAAGCUCGUCUGCCUGUUUGUGCCCAUUCUCCUCACCGUCACAACUACGAUCUUUGCCUCGCUGAUCUGGGCGCUGAUCAUCCGCUGGGACCUCACGCUGGUGACCCUUGCCGGGGUGCCUGUGGCGGUCGCAGCGGCGCGAGCCAACUCCCUCGUGAGCGACAAGUGGGAGGCCAUCUGCGACGAUGCUGCUACCUCCACUGGUGCCAUUUUCAGCGCAACAUUCAUCAACAUCAAGGUCGUUCGCGCCCUGACGCUGGAGCGCAACUUCACCGAGAAGCACUCGCGCUCAGCAUCGUCCACCUUCCGGCUCGGUGUGAAGCGCGCGAUCUUCGUCGGCGUCUUUCACGGCCUGCACCAGGCUCUCUCGUACUUCAUUACGGCACUCGUUUUUUUCUACGGCUCCAAGAUACUCAGGGAGGGCCUCGCCAGCGUGAUGGACGUGAUCAGGGUCAUCAACCUCCUGUUAUUCUCGCUCGGCACAUCGGUCGCCAUGCUGGGCAACCUCCCGCAAAUCGCCGCAGCCAAGGCAACUGCCCUGCAGUUGCUCUACUACGCGAACCUGUCUCACGCGGCGAGCCACGAAGCGCACGGCGAGAAGCGUUUGCUGGUCCCCUUGCCGGUGCGCAUGACCAACCUGCGGUUCGCCUACCCCAGCGCGCCGGCGACCCAAGUCCUGCGCAACAUCAACCUGGAGAUCGCCGCCGGAACCUGCACCGCCAUCGUGGGCGCCUCCGGCUGCGGCAAAUCUACAAUCGCAAGCCUCCUUCUCCGGCUCUACGACCCGCUCCAGGACGACGAGACCACCCUCACCUCCCACCGCCCAGCCGGCCCCUCCACCUCGCCGCUCACGUACGCCUCCAUCCCGUGCACAGCCCUGCACACGCCCACCCUGCGCAACCAGAUGGCGUACGUGCCGCAGACGCCCUUCCUCUUCCCGGCGACGAUCCGGGCGAACCUCGCGUACGGGCUGCACGAGGCGUCGCCGCUGCGCGCGCAGGCGAACCUGGCGCGGGCAGCGCGCCAGGCGCACAUCCACGACUUCAUUGCCUCGCUGCCGCAGGGCUACGACACGCCCGUCGGCGACGGCGGCCUCGCCGUGUCCGGCGGCCAGGCCCAGCGCCUGUGCAUCGCCCGCGCGCUCGCCCGCCGCCCCCGCCUGCUCGUCCUCGACGAGCCCACCAGCGCGCUCGACGCGCAGGCUGCGGCCGAGGUGCGCGGCGUCGUGCAGGCUCUGGUCCAGGGCGCGAAGGCUGCUGCUUCUACUUCUGCUGCUGCUGGUUGGGAUGAUGGGGCCGGGUCGGGCAUGGCGGUUGUGGUGAUUACGCAUAGCAAGGAGAUGAUGAGGAUUGCGGAUUCGGUUGUGAUGGUUGAUGGCGGCGCUGUGGUUGAGCAGGGCGGGUAUCAGGAGCUGGUGGCGAAGGGAGGGAAGUUUGCUGCCUUGGUCCGGGGUGGGGUGUGGACUGGGGGUGACGGGGCUGAUGAUGCUAGCGAGGUGGCAAAGAAGAAGGAGAGGAGUAAGAGACGCCGGGAUGUGAACAAGUCGAGGGAGGAGGCUCUGAGACGGCUGGAGGGGGUGUUUCCCUAA